AUGAUUAUUUCUUUAAAAAUAAAAAAUAACAAAAAAUAUAUAAAUUUAUUUAUUAAAAAUAUUUUAAUUUUAAAAUUUUUAUUUUUAAUUACUUUAAAAAUAAAUGUUGUGGAAUCUCAACAAUGCGGAAUUUCUACUUUAGAAUUACCUCCGGAAGGGGCACAAUCUGUAUAUAGAGGGGAUGAUAUUAUAAGUGAUGGACAUUUGCCUUGGAUGGCUUUUUUAUUGGGGCAUGCUGUCUGUACAGGUUCAGUAAUUGGAAGGUUAAUAGAAAAUAAUUUGGAAGUAAAUAUAAAUUUCCUUUUUAAAAGACAAUAUAUACUUAGUGCCGGUCAUUGUGUACAUGCCGGUAAUGGAAAAUCUAUUCCAGCAGAAUCUUUAGUUGUUUUUGUUGGAUCAGCAAAUCUAAGUCAAGCAACGCCUAUAAGUGUUGAAAAAAUUAUUUUGAGGAGUGAAUAUAAUGACAGAAUUGAUGAUCAAAUAGGUUCUGUAACUACUUUUGAUAUGGCAAUUUUAAAAUUAGCAACACCUUUGAAUUUAAGCGAAACUUUGUGGCCAAUUUGCCUUUCACGUAAUUCAGCAGCAAUGGCCGUUACUACUGUGGAAACUAAAGUAUUAGUUGCUGGGUGGGGAAAUACUAAACCUCAUUGCGAUAGCUCAAUUAUUUGGAAAAUAACACAUCCAAAAAUACCAGAAAGACUUCAAUAUGGACGGGAAAAUAUAUUGCCCACAGAAGAAUGUGUUGAUUUAGAAACAAAAUGGCAUAUGGAAGAAAUGGCAAAAAGAAGUAAUAAAAUUAUUAAAAGAUUUCUGAUUGUCCCAAAAAUAUUCUCAAAUAUUUUAGAUGCUACAAAUUUCUUCCCAGCACUAUAUGGAAUGAAUCCUAGAGAAUUACGUAGACGUGUAGCAUCUAAAUUGACAGAUAAAAUAUGCGUUGUAAGCAAUAAAACUGUGGUGGAAAGUGGGGAUAGUGGUGGACCUCUUUUGUUAUCUUCUGCCCCAGGCAAAUGGACACAAAUUGGAACACUGACAGGUGGCCCAUGUCACGGAAAGGAUGCACCAAAUCAUGGUAUAAAAUAAUUAAGCCAGAAAGAAAAAAAUUAAA